AACAAAUCAAUUAAAUAUUUUCUAAAUGUUUGCACAAAUGUGAUAUAUUAAGCUUUUUUUAAAUGAAGAAAUUAAGGAUAAGUGACUUACCCAAGGCAAGAAAGUGAUUAAAAAAGAAGGAGUCACAGAUCUGGAUUUGCUACUUACUAGUACCUAGCUCACAAGGUUGUUGCAAAGAUUAUAGUGUGUGGUGCUUGCUAGCUCUUACAAAAAUGGAAUCAGAUCUUAGCUCGGGUACUUCUUCCUUAAGAAAACCUUGACAACCUACUGUAGAUCAAAGUUUCCAUUAUAUGCUCACCAACAUCACACAGUCCUUUCCCAGCACUUACCUCUGCUUUAAUAUUACAGUAAUGUGUGACUAUUUGAUUACUGUCUUCUCUCUAUAGACUGGAAGCUCUAGCAGAAUAAUGUCUGUCUUGUUCUCCAUAGAAUCUCCUGUGCUUAAUACGGUGCUUGUCACACAGCUCUUCAGUUUUGUUGGAUAACCCUGGCCCGUGUGGCUCAGUAGGUUGGGCAUCUUGGGGUGUACCAGGAGGUCGCCGUUCAGUCCCGGUCAGGGCACAUGCGAUUCGGGUUUGACUCUUAGGCUGGGAAAAAUGUUCUGUGAUGAGGGAGAAGAUAGAAUAAGGUAACGUGUAUGUGACUAAACUGAGAUAAAAGAUAAAUUUAAAAGAACUGGAGACCCCUGCAGGGAAGUCGUGUAAACAGUUCAAAGGACACGACUUCCACUGAGGACGUAACCACGACUGAGGACGCAUACGAUGAACGACCGUUCUAGUUCAAAUCUCGGGACCGCACUUUUGUUCUUCCCUUCCGUACAAUGACCCAAGAUGGCGGGGCCCGUGAUUGGAAACGGGGUUCAAGAUGGCGGCUUCCUACCCUCCCCCGAAGCGUCGCGCGUGACCACGCCCACUUCCGGUUCCUCGGCUCAGCAUGGCUGCGUUAGGGUUAGGUAGUCUGCUCCUGGCAGGUGUCCGGAGGCUGCACGGCAGCGCGGCGGCUCGGGCGGGUAGCCAGUGGAGACUCCAGCAGGGCAUGGCUGCCAAUCCCUCCGGCUACGGGCCCCUGACGGAGCUCCCAGACUGGUCUUACGCGGAUGGGCGCCCUGCUCCUCCAAUGAAAGGACAGCUUCGAAGACAAGCCCAAAGGGAGAAGUUUGCAAGACGAGUUGUAUUACUGUCACAGGAAAUGGAUGCUGGAUUACAGACAUGGCAACUCAGGCAGCAGGAGAAGUUGCAAGAAGAAGAAAGGAAGAAGAAAAAUGCUCUUAAACCUAAAGGGGCUGCUCUUCAGAACUCAAUACCAAGUCAAUAAAAAGCAAUUCCUGUUUCCCUUU